AUGGACCUGCGGUUAUGGCUGACCUCUUCUUCUGUCUCCGCGCGCAAAGACAGAUUCGAUGUUCCCAUUCCGAUCUCGACAUUUAGAAGGAAUAAAUUGGAGGGCGAGUCCCUGUUGGUCACUUUUGAUGGCCACAUUGUAUAUGAUCUGUCAGAAUUUUGCAAGUACCAUCCUGGCGGCAUCGCCAUAUUGGAGAAUUCAAAAGGAACGGACAUCUUGGAGGCCUUCAGGUGUGUUGCGGGCAUCCUGGUUCCCGACUCUUGA